UGGAUUUCAGAGAGCUUAAUGAAUAAUUAUGCUUACUCCUCCAAAGAAUGAAUGAGUCGUCAAGUCGUAACUCUCUAGUCGGUAGAAAUACUGGAUUGAAUCCUAACGUCAUGCGUGACAGUUUGCGUGUACUUAACUCUUCGUGUACUGUAACCACAACUACUCAUGCUCUUGAAAAUCGAUCAAAUUAUCCACCGAAUACUUCGAAUCACGGGUUUUUAUGCUCCGAAAAUGGUUUCAAUAAGUCUAUCUCCACUUUUCCCAAUUGUUCGGUUGAUUCCUGCUUUCCUAGUCUCACUGUCUCAAUGGAACAGAAUUCGGUUACGGAUUAUUCUCAGUGUCAUUCAUGUGGUAGCUCCCCACCGCCUCCAGCAUUAUCUCCCGUUAGUUCCUCUCCUACUCAUGGAGCAACAACCAAAAUAACCAACCUUCCUCCCCUUCUCCUCCAGUCAUAG